AUGGCUUCUAUUCUGCCUGCGCACUCCACCAACUUCAAACCCUCCAUUUCCCUGUCUUCCACUAGUCCUGCGACGAUGGCGUCAAAACACGACCCGCGGGCGAGUCCGCAACGCUACAUUAAGCAGGAACACGAGCCGGGGAGAGGCAGGCCGCGGCAAAUUUCUGAAGACAAGGAUGUCGACAUUAUGGAUGAUGACGAGGCCGACGGCGACGAAGGCAAAGCUGGCUCUUCCAACUCGGACGGCGGCCCUGCAAGGAAGAGACGGAGGAGUCGCAAAGGCCUGGACAAGAAGUUCGAGUGCCCUCAAGAGGGCUGUGGGAAAAGCUACUCUCGGGCCGAGCAUUUGUACCGUCACCAGCUGAACCACACACCCAAGCAGAUAUAUGCCUGUGACUUCCCCGAAUGCAGCCGCACCUUUGUGCGGCUCGACUUGUGUAACCGUCAUAGAGACCGUCACACGGCAAAAGGGUCUGCUUUGAAUCGCAAAGAUUCGCUGAUGAGCCAUCUGUCUCCUACUGCAGAUCGGCCUCCUUUUCCCCUGGCCGGGUCUGCCUCGCCCGAGACCAGUCGACCGGGCAAUGGGUUCGCCAACCUGCGGCAGGCUCAGAUGCAGUACCAGCCCCCCAAAGAUGUUUCUGGUAGCCCGUUUGCCCAGGCAACGAAUACCCCCCCCGGAUACCCCAUGGGCGCGCAUCCCGGUUCCAUGAACAACUACAUGCAUCACGAUAACGGUUAUGGUGGUCUCCAGGCCCAUCGGCCUCCGCAGCAGUCGCCGAACGGGCCGGGCCCGACAGUUCAAGCGAACGGGGCAUACAUGUCCCCAACCCCAAGUCAAAACGGCUACCACACCCAACCGCACAGCGCCCCUCAGCCUGUGACGUACACCAACCAGCAAAACUUCCCGGCCUUCAACCUACCUCCCUCCGAUUUCCCCAACGGGGCGGGCAGCGGACCCCGCGAGGGCCAAACGUACGCGCCGACCACCUCUGCAGAAUACUCGGAGCAGGGCCAUACCCAACAAUCGGGCGAGAUGAUGUUGCUCGACCAGAUGUCCAUGCCCGGGACGAUCCCAGUCUUUGGAAGCGACAGUAUAUUGAGCAAAUCGCCAUAUGUCACAAUCCCGGAAGACUUUGUUGCCUAUUUGUUCAACACGCAACAAGGGGAAGGCUCGCCAAUGGGCCACAUGGUAGCUCCAGGGUACGUAAACAACUACGGGGAGGUGCAAAACUCCUACAGUGUUCCAUACGUAGGAACAGAUGGCGUGCCGGCGGGCUAUUUCCCCUCGGGUCCUCAGCAGGUCAUGGCCGUCAACAACUUGCUCGACCAGAACCUCCCGGAGGCCACCAUCUCCGAGGAAAAGAGCCAGGAGAUCUACGACUUCAUCAACCAAAGGUUUCACGAGAACGACCAAGCUCCAGCGCUGCGGCAGCGUGACAGUAUCCUUGAAGGCGAUCGUAGCGAUGGCGACCACAUGCUCAGCAAACGAAUGAUGCAGGCGUACAUCGGGUCGUACUGGGUCCACUUCAGCGACCAGAUCCCCAUUCUUCACAAACCAACCUUCUCUCCCGACAGAACACCCAACUUACUGCUCCUUGCGAUGAUGACAAUCGGCGCCGCCUGCCUCGACAAGACCCACGGGCAGAAGGUCACAAAGGCUGGGGCGCAGUUGUCCAACUUCUUGGCCUGGCAUCUUCGAUGGGAAAUAUUCAUGGACCCGAACUUCAGACCUCCCGCCAAGCUGUGGGUGUUCCAGACACUUCUCCUCCUCGAGCUCUACGAGAAGAUGUACUCGACGAGGGAGCUGCACGAGAGGGCCCAUAUCCAUCACGCGACAACCAUCACCCUGAUGCGCCGUGGACGGUCGCUGAUCGGCAAGUCAUCCCUCGAUUCGCCACCCAAUCCUCGAGACGACAAGACGAACGGCUCUCGGCACUCCUCAACAUCGGGCGUGGCUCACACUGCAGAUGAAUGGUGGAACCACUGGAUUACCAACGAGUCGACCAGGCGGGCUGCCUUUGCGGCAUUUGUCAUCGACUCGAUCCACGCUACGAUGUUUGGGCACUCUACGGUGAUGGUCACUCACGAAAUGAGGCUGCCGCUGCCAUGCGAAGAUGCUCUGUGGAAGGCCACGAGUGGCGCAGAAGUCGGCAGGAUUGAGUCCAACCUCCUGUCCAACGGGGUCAAGCCCCUUUCUUUCCUGGAAGGGUUGAAACGGACACUCAGCGGGCAAGGGGUGCAAACUAACCCUUUCGGCCGCAUGGUUCUCAUGGCCGGUCUUCUCAGCGUCAGCUGGCACAUGAACCAAAGGGACCUUCAAGUCAACGUGCUCGGCGGCGGCGUGUCUCAGGCGCUGGGUGGCCGAGACAAGUGGCGAGGUACUCUCACGAGAGCCUUUGACGCUUGGAAGGAAGAUUUCGACAAGUCGCUGACGAGGAACGAAGGCUCUUCUGAUCCUUACCGGUACGACUCUGCGAAGAAGAACGAUGCCAACGUUGUCUUUGAAAGCCGGACGGUGUUACAUCAUCUUGCUCACAUGGCGAUGCACGUUGACAUUGUCGACUGCCAAAUCUUUGCUAGGGCGAAAAGGCUUCUGGGAAGGGCCAUUGGACAACAGGACCUCAACAGCGCCCAGAGAAGGAUGAGAGAUCUCUGGGCGCCAUCGGCCAAAGCCCGGGACGCCACGUUCUAUGCACUAAAGUUUCUGAAGUCCGUCCUUGUGCCCGAUGCGAACCACUUGCCGCAGGCCAACGGUUACAAGUACGACGAGCCUUAUACAGCGCGUGACGAUGUGCUCCUCAACAGACCGUGGGUCUUGUACUUUGCCGCCCUAGUCGUCUGGUGCUACGGUUUCGCCCUGGAAGGCCCUUGCCCUGGGACACCGGUACCGGGGACUAAGCAGGAACAGGUGCACCAAAUGCGGGAAUACCUGACGAAAUAUGGCGGUGCGAACUCGCCCGAUGAUCUCAAGGUGAUGAAAGGGGUCAACACCAACACUGCGCUGUUGCUGGUUCUGAAGGACUCUUUUGGAACCACACGCUGGGAGCUCUUGCACGAGGGUGCCAACCUUCUCAACAACUGUCUUCAGCUGAACACUGGAGCCGCCACGAUGUGA